AAAAAACACGUGACCUAUCACAUGAUUGGCAAAGUGAAAACAAAUACUCUUUAAUUUAUUGAAAAUCAGCUCUGAUAAGCAAAUGCUAGUAAUGCAGGUAGACGAUCAAGAAGAAUGCAUAAAUGUACCUAACUUUACAAUCAACAUUCAUUGUUCCUUGGAAGAUCUACAAGGCCGUAGCGAAAUUGACUGUGCAGACAUUGAUACAAUUAAUGAUCUAAUAAAAAGCUAUUGCGCUCUUCAUAAUGUACCCAAUCCUUCAAAUUUUGUUUUACAAACUGCUGAUGGUAAAACAUUGAGAAAAACUUUAAGAAUAAAAAAGUGCGGUGUGCACGAAGGUCAAGUUCUUUAUCUGUUAAUGAGCAGCCAAGAUUCUUUUCGACGAAAUGGGAGACAUUAUUGUUCACUGGCUAUUAUAAGCUUUAUUAUUGCUGUUUGUUUGCUUGCAGCAGUUAUUGUAGUUUCAGUUUAUCCGAAACAAUCAGUAUUCCAGUACGGUGUUGUUUUUGAUGCCGGAUCAUCUCAUACAAAAAGUUUUGUUUACAAAUGGCCAGGACAAAAGCAGAACGGUACUGGUGCUAUAGAGGAAAUUUGGCGUUCUAACGCCACUGAAAAGGGUAUUUCUGCAUACAGCGUUAAUCCCACGAGUGUAAAAGAGUCUUUGGAACCUAUAAUAAAAAAGACUAAAAAGGUUUUAAAAAAACCUUCAGAGACGCCUAUUUAUUUAGGUGCAACAGCAGGGAUGAGACUGCUCAAGCAACGUAAUCCUAAAGCCGCGGACUCAAUAUUAGAUGCUGUCCGUGAAGCAUUCUCAUCAACAUCUUUCCAUCUGAAGAAUGAAACACAAAAUGUUCGAAUUUUAUCCGGUGAAGAAGAAGGCACCGAUUCUUGGGUUGCCGUCAACUAUAUAUUGAAUAAAUUUGGUACAAUGUCUGUAUUUAAUCUUGUUAAAGAAAAUCCAAAAACAGUAGGGGCUUUGGAUAUGGGAGGAGCAUCAACACAAAUAACUUUUGACUCUUACAAACAAACUAUACCUAAAGCAUACUCUCAAAACUUGACUCUAUUUGGUUGGAAAUUUAAAGUAUAUACUCAUAGCUAUUCUUGUUAUGGUUUAGACGAGAUUAAAAAUCGGUAUUUCGCACAUUUGAUAAAUAAAAAUAAGACUGGAACGGGACCAAUAAAAUCAUUUUGUUUACCAUCCGGAUAUAAUCAGACACUUAAUUCAACAGAUAUUUUUCAACUUCCAUGUACAAACAGGACGACAAAUAAUAAAGAAGAAAUAUAUACAUUUAUAGGCCAGAGUAACGAUGAGGGAUGCAAAAAUGAGCUAGAUCAAUUAUUUAAUUGGAAGAAUUGUCCAUAUGGAAAGGGUAAUUGCUCUUUCAAUGGUGUCUAUAUGCCAAACUUGAAAAAUGUUGAUGAGUUUUUAGCAUUUUCAGGAUUUUGUUAUCCUGUUUCAUUCUUGAAUUUAACAACUUGUAAAAAAGCAGAAAAAUUCAGUUAUAAGAGCUUUCAAAACGCCAGAGCAAAUUUCUGUAAUAAAACUUGGACCGAAAUCUCUAAUAUACCUAAAAAGGAUAAAUUUAAAUGGAUCUAUUGCAUGCAAAUGCACUAUAUUGAAAAAUUAUUGGUUAAAGGUUAUGGAUUUAAUGGUUCAAACUGGAAAAAAUUAACUUUUAGACAAGACAUAAAUGGCACUGUAAUAGGUUGGGCUCCUGGAUUUAUGCUGAGAGUAACAAAUAGUUUACCUACGGUUCUACCAUCUCCACUAAUUGGAUUAGCAAUUUUCAUAGUUAUUGUCUGUCUCCUUGUAGUGUUCUGUGUAUUUGGAGUUGCUUACUCAAUGAUAUGGAGAAGAUUCCUGAAAGCUAAACGCUAUCAGAGACUAGAGCAUAGAAUAGCGCCAUCUAUCUGA